AAAGAGCUCGACGCCCGACAGGGCCAAACAUUUAAUGCCCUACCUAUAGCUAAAUACUUAGCCAUCAGUAACAUUGCCUUAACAAUAUUCGGACAUCAACCGCAGGCUCAGACACGUGGCGAAUCGCUAGGUGUUAUCUCGUCACUGUACGAGGCGUCCGAAGGCCAGAUGAGCGGACUGUUGGACUUGCGGGUGAACCGUUUUAACUUCGUAGGCGUCAUCCUGAGUGGUAUGCUCCGAUUUCUCUUCAAGCAACGCCUACUCAGAGUGGCUUACCAAGGAAGUCGUUGCCAUAGUUCAUGCAAGACGUAUGGGAAAAAGAAGAAAUGAUCUUUUACAACGCUUCAUAGACGCGAAUGAUGAUGCCAACGCUUUCGAUGGUAAACCUGACAAACGAUGAACUAAUUUCUAAUGCGUGUGCUAUGUACAUAGUUGGUCUUGAAACUAUAUCUUACACCCUAGGAUAUUUGUUCUAUUGUCUUGGACAGCAUCCAGACGUUCAAGCGAAACCACAGCAAGAAAUUCAAGGUACUUUCACCUCAGACGACACCAGUAAUAUUUCAAUGAAAUGGGUGGCUUAUGAUCAAAUGAUGCAAAUGAAGUAUCUUGAUGCCGUGAUCAAAGAAACGUUGCGCAUUUACCCAACGGCUACUGGAUUUAUAACGAGAAAAGCGCACUCAGAGUUCACGUACGGCUGUAGGACCUUUCCUGCCGGCCUGAAUAUACUCUUUGCCGUCACAGUCAUCCACGGGGACCCUAGAAAUUGGCCGGAUCCGCUAGCUUUUAAACCAGAACGGCUCGAUGCCGACAGCAGUGAGAGAUCACACCAAUUAGCAUAUCAAGCCUUCGGAUAAGGUCCUCGGAACUGCAACGGUAUGAGGUUUGGCUUAAUGUCUGUCAAGGUAAUUCUCAUACGAGCUAUUAGAGUGUUUUAAAUCUAAUCACCUGGAGCAGCCGAGCGAAUUUCGAGAGCAGUAUUAAGUAAGCCUCGAACGAUUGAGCUGAUUGUCAAAAGGCUGAAAAAUCAGUAAUAAUAUCCAAUGGCAUUACAAGACCGUAUUGCGACGGCAGGACAAUAGUUCCUGUUACUGUUUAGAUGAAAAACGCUUAGCGGACCUUUAGGCUAACGAUUGAUCAGUUGUUCUGGUCGAACGUUAAAGUGUUUAAAAGGUACAUAAUGAUAUAAUAUAAUGUACCAGAAUAUGUUUGCAAUAAGUGUUAGUUUCAUUUUGGCAUUACCCUACUUAGUAGCUAGAAUGAGCGUAGUUGAAGUGACGGAUGAUGCCUCAUAUCUAUAGUAAGCUUCAGUAACGCAGGAUUUACACAGUUAUCUCAGUAAUAAAAAGCCAAACAGGCUUGUUCAAGUCUUGUUUUUAAAAGGAACGAGACAGUUCGUAGGCUAUCUGGUCAGGA